GUGGGUGCACUGCUGGGCACAGGAGGGUCCACUGCUGGGCACAGGUGGGCGCACUGCUGGGCACAGGUGGUUGCACUGCUGGGCACAGGUGGGCGGAACUGGUGGGUGGCACUGCUGGGCACCGAUCAUCAGGGCACUGAUCAUCAGUGCCCUGAUGAUCGUGUGAGGAAAGUGCAGCCGAGAACCGGCAAUUGCAUUUCCCGGUGAUCAGCGUGUCAUUGGACACGGCUGAUCACGUGGUAAAAGGCCGCUGUGAUUGGCCUUUUACCACAUCAUGUGAUCAGCUGUG